AAUGCCCUCACAUCAUAGCCGAAUGCGUCAACCACACGGUAACCAGCUAGAGGCAAUCUCACCAGCACAAACACAGCCGUGUUUACGGCCUUAAGCAACGCUGUGUCCGCCGAGAUAGGAGAUAUAAAAAACAGCAAUAAUAAACGGCUGCGGACGCAUCUGGGAAGACAGCUCCCUUUAACCUUCUCAGGUCAUUCAGCUUCAUCCAGAAACAUGGGGUUCGCACAGCUUGCUGCGAUGUUCUCUGUCACCAUGAUGCACAUGGUUUCAGGUAUGACCUUCAUGACUCCUGAGCAUGAUACUUCACCGACGGCAGCUCCAGACUCCUAUCCACCAGGUGAGCUGAUACACGCUGCCCUGCAAAGUAAAGAGUACCUGGGACAGGUCUCUGGAGGCACAGGUACCACCACCAAUCCAACACAGGCCGUGCCUGGGCUGGCACUGGCUGAGUCUACAGCAGCAGCCAUAUCGCCGGGGCUUCUCACCACAGCUUUAGGGUCCUCCUCUGCUGCAGGCAAGACGGGAUCAAGGAGUCCCAUGUCUUCGUUCCCCUUAGAAGAAGAGACCACCACCACUCUGAUUACCACAACCACCAUAACCACAAUGCACAUGCCAGUGCAGUGCAAUGCCACUUUGUCAGCAAUGGAGGAUUUUGUUGAGUCUCCAGAUCCUGGAUCAUCGACCUCAUUUUCUACCCUGGAAUGCACCUACAGCAUUACUGUGUAUCCGGGCUACGGUGUGGAAAUUCAGGUGAGAAAGACGAACCUCUCAAAGGAAGAAUCUCUGGUGAUUAUGGGUCAAGGCGGUUCAGGGCCGGAGCUCUUAGCCAAUGAGACGCUGAUGAAAGAGGGACAGGUGAUCCGCAGCACAACCAAUCAGGUUUCCAUUCACUACCGCAGUCUCCGGCAGUCCAACCAUGGCACGUUCAGCCUUCACUAUCAAGCCUUUCUACUGUCCUGCCCUUUCCCCACGUCGCCUGUGGGCGGCGGAGUGACGGUGACAGACAUCCAUCCCGGAGGCCAGGCACACUUCCACUGCGAUCCGGGCUUCCAGAUCCGCGGCCACGAGGUGUCAGCGUGUGUCAACACCACGCAGCCCCACUGGAGCACGCCUGAGCCUCAAUGUGUUGUUGUUUCUUGUGGAGGAUGGAUUCGGAACGCCACUGUCGGACGGAUACUGUCUCCGCCUCCUCCACCUGUCAGCAACCACAGUAAUGGAAAUAAUCUGAGCUGCCACUGGCUGAUAGAAGCCAAAGAAGGACACAGGCUGCACCUACACUUUGAGAGGAUUGCUCUAGAUGAGGAUGAUGACAAGUUAAUUGUCCGUAGUGGGAACAGCUCGUUAUCCCCGCCGCUCUUUGACUCUGAUCUUGACGACGUCCCGGAGCGCGGGCUGCUUAGCGAGGGCUCCAUGCUGUACCUGGAGCUCACAGCUGAUUCGUCCUCCAUUCCUCUGCUGCUGGCACUCAGAUAUGAGGCUUUUGACGAUGAGCACUGCUGGGAGCCCUACAUGCCUCAUGGAAACUUCAGCAGCAGCGACAUCUCAUACCAGCUGGGCACCAUUGUCACCUUCAGCUGCUCUCCAGGAUUCGUAAUGGAGCAGGGUUCAGGGACCAUUGAGUGUGUUGACCCCGGCAGUCCCCACUGGAACGACAGCGAGCCCGUGUGCAGGGCUUUGUGUGGAGGAGAGCUGACCGAGCCUUCUGGUACCAUUCUGUCCCCCGACUGGCCCCAGAGUUACUCCAAGGGUCUGGACUGCGUUUGGCAGAUCCAUGUUAAUGAGGAGAAGCGAGUUGAACUGGAGGUCCAGAUCCUCAAUAUUCGGCACACUGACGUCUUGACGGUUUUCGAUGGCCGUGACCUCACCUCUGACGUGAUCGGUCAGUACCUGGGCUCCAAAGAGCGCUUUCAAGUCGUGUCUGUGGGGUCAGAGGUCACUAUUCAGUUUCAGAGCGACCCAAACGAUUCCAGUUUCAUCCUCAGUCAGGGGUUCCUCAUUCAUUACCGCGAAGUUGAGCCAAACGACACCUGCCCCACCCUCCCUCAGAUCGAGUUUGGCUGGAUCAGCUCCUCUCACUCCUCUCCUGUGAGAGGCAGCGUGCUGACCUAUCAGUGCCAGCCAGGUUAUGACAUCAGCGGCUCAGACAUCAUCACCUGCCAGUGGGACCUGUCCUGGAGCAGCGCCCCACCCACGUGUGUUAAAGUCCAACAUUGCCCUGAUCCGGGAGAGGUGGUGAACGGGGCACGCUCAGUGCGUCCUGAAGCCGGCUUCGCUGUCGGCACCGUUGUGCGUUUCUCUUGUAACCAGGGCUAUCAACUUGAAGGCACCAGCCAAAUCUCCUGCCACGGGCGGGACACCGGUACCCCUAAGUGGAGCGACCGCAGCCCAAAGUGUGUCUUGAAAUAUGACCCAUGCCCAAACCCGGGGGUCCCUGACAACGGCUACCAAACGUUGUACAAACACAGCUACCAGGCCGGGGAAACUCUGCGCUUCUUCUGCUAUGAGGGUUAUGAACUCAUUGGGGAGGUCAUCAUCAGCUGUGUUCCUGGCCACCCAUCUCAGUGGAACAGCCCACCACCCUUUUGCAAAGCAUCAUACGAGGAGCUUUUUGAUGACCACAAAUCAGAAGUGUCCCAGUCUUUCGAGCCAUCCCAUCAGAUACUGAGUGAAAACAUCGCCUUGGCGAUAAUUCUGCCCAUCAUCCUGGUCAUUCUCCUGAUUGGAGGCAUUUACAUGUACUACUCAAAUAUUUGCAGACUAGAAUGGAAGCCUCUCUUCUGGAAGUCUCUCUCUCACACGCACUCCUACAGUCCUAUUACAGUCGAAUCGGAUUUUAACAACCCUCUCUACGAAGCGGGAGACACACGGGAGUAUGAAGUAUCCAUUUAAAGAAGAACAUUUCUGGGUGAGAAAUAAAACCACAGAAGCAUCUAAUUCUUGAGGAAGACAACGUCUUUUUGUAUAAAAAGGCCUCAUUCCCCCCUGUGUUACUUUUUUUUUCUCUCUCUCUCUUUUUAUUGUUGCACCAUUACUGCUAUGAAAUACUUUAUAUUGAUUGUGCUGCAUCUGCCAAAAUUGAGACCCAGGUAAUAGUCUAACUUUCUGUAUUGUUAGGACUGGUGCCUUAUGAAGGAUGGGAAAUUGAUUUAAAAAAAAUAAAAAAAUAAAAAAUCUGAAACGAUUGUCGGCAGAGAAACUGUAAAUGAGAAAAGGGGGAGUUUUUAAUUUCUGUUAUUCUUUUAGGACGAGGCUAAAACAUGAGAGAACAUGGCAAUACUUUAUUUGAAACAAUCAAAGAUUAAGUUCAUGAUCCUGUAAUACAUGCUGAAUGUUUGUUUCAACUUUCUAAAGUGGUUCUUAUUAUGUUUUACGGAGUUUUGCAGCAAAGAGGGGGAAAAAAACUCUUUUAAAAACAAUAAUCUUUCUCUUCCUCUCGUUUUUUUCCCUCACAGGUUGUAACAAAUUCACACUAUUUGAAUGUAAAUAUUUGACUUAAUAUAUAAACUCGGUGGCAGGAGGUUAUAUAUAUUUUCCUUAUAUACAUAUAAUGAAAGUUCUGUGCCAAAAUAUAAUGUUAAAUAAUUUAAUGUCUCUUAGUGUUUCAUCCGUUGUUGGAAUAGUGUUUACAGAGGCAGUGUUUAUUUUAUUCUUCGCUGUUUCUGCCGUCAUCAGCAAACUGUCACGCCUCACACUGUAUAAGCAAAGGUGAGGACAUGAAUGUCAUAAUGCUUUGAGCAUGCACUGAUUGUAAAUUAUACUGCUUAUGCUCAAUCUCUUACAUUAGCAUUAUAGUUACUGGCAGGUAUCAUUGUUAUCAAAUUUGGUGUUGUAUGCAAUACGUUGAUGAGAAACUUUCAAUCUUGCCGCUUGCUGUGAUGCGCAUUAUGUAUUUAUUUACGAACGAUAGUUUGAACAGUGAAUUUCUCGUAUUCACUGGACCAAAUGAGGGGGUUCCUGGAGACUGUUGCUUUGUUGACUUAAAUCUUCUACAAUCAUCAGCAGCAUUUCUUUGCUUCAUAUAUAGACACAUUCUUUCUUAAGACAGUGAAUCAUUUGCAGAAUUGGAAAUAAAGUCUUUGUUGAAUGGUGUAA